GCGAUUUAGUGUCUACCCCGCCCCUUCAGCGUUUCCUACAACCGUCAGCGCGGUCGUGGUGCUAGUUUACCUCACGCAACGAGCUGUUGAAGGGACCAUUCACGGCAAUAAUAUCAUAAUAUGAACUCAGGAAUACUAUAAGUAGUGUGAUCUUCUUUUAUAGAGGUUUGUUUUUGAGUUAUUGUCGUGUAACUGUAUCGGGCGGUUUCCUGGGUCGUCUUGUUCCUGCCUCUUUUAGCCGGCUAAUCUCCAGCGAGCGACAAAAUGGCUGAUUCGGACAAGUUAAACAUCGAUUCGAUCAUCCAGCGCCUUUUGGAGGUGAAGGGCUCCAGACCUGGUAAAAAUGUUCAGUUAACUGAGCAAGAGAUUCGUGGAUUGUGUCUGAAAUCGCGGGAAAUCUUCCUUAGUCAGCCGAUACUGCUGGAACUGGAGGCCCCACUCAAAAUUUGUGGUGAUGUUCAUGGUCAGUACUAUGACCUGCUCAGGCUUUUUGAGUAUGGAGGAUAUCCUCCAGAGAGUAACUACCUGUUUCUGGGAGACUAUGUAGACCGAGGCAAGCAGUCACUGGAGACCAUCUGCCUGCUGCUUGCCUACAAGGUCAAAUAUCCAGAGAACUUCUUUCUUCUCAGAGGAAACCAUGAAUGUGCCUCCAUCAACAGGAUAUAUGGAUUUUAUGAUGAAUGUAAAAGGAGGUAUAACAUCAAGCUUUGGAAGACAUUCACGGACUGUUUCAAUUGCUUACCAGUAGCUGCUAUCGUGGAUGAAAAGAUUUUUUGUUGUCAUGGAGGUCUUUCUCCAGACCUGCAAUCUAUGGAGCAGAUCCGACGUGUGAUGAGGCCCACAGACGUCCCUGACCAGGGUUUGCUCUGUGAUCUGCUCUGGGCUGACCCAGAUAAAGAUGUCAUGGGCUGGGGAGAGAAUGACCGUGGUGUCUCUUUCACCUUUGGGUCUGAUAUUGUGGCCAAGUUCCUCCACAAACAUGACAUGGACCUCAUAUGUAGGGCCCACCAGGUGGUGGAGGAUGGCUAUGAGUUCUUCGCUAAGAGACAGUUAGUCACACUUUUCUCAGCUCCCAACUACUGCGGAGAGUUUGACAACGCAGGUGCUAUGAUGAGUGUUGAUGAGACCCUGAUGUGCUCAUUUCAGAUUCUGAAACCAGCGGAGAAGAAAAUGCUGUCGUAUGGAGGUGCAGGAGGAUUUGGAUCUGGUAGACCUGUAACUCCUCCACGAAACGCUGCCAAGGGUGGCAAAGUGAAGAAAUAACAUCAACUACUGCAAUGCGCCUAUACAUUCUGUUCAUCAUUCUACCUCUCCUUCUCCUUCUCCUCUUCAACUCCAAACACCAAAUCAGUGCAGGGCUUUUUUUAGCUGUCUCUGUCAAGACGAGACUCCUGGGAAUCUGAGCGGUCAUAUGUGUGUAUUUGAAUGAAAUGCCCCUGUGGAGUGUUGGUUUUGUAUGUUAAAAAAAAAAGUGUGUUUUUGUAGAAAAAGGUUUUGUAGCAUGAGUUUGUGUAUGAGAGUUUCUUUUUUCUCUUUCUCUGGUAAUUGCACACCUUCUACUGUGUUUUUAGCUGUUCUGGUCAAUUUCCUUGUAAUAUAUCUUCAUGUCUUCAGCCAUAACGUGAUAAUCCUUUUUAGGCCAUUUAUUGGACCUAUGUGACGCCCUUCUCUUUAGACCAAGCCUCAGGGUCCAGCUUUUCAUUCCCACUGUGGGGAUGGACUUUUCCAUUCCCCUUUAGCUCUAAAGCAAUCUGGAAGGAGGUGAUUGUGCUCUUGAACGUGCAAAUCACUGGCAGUCUUCUUAAUGUGAAACUUCGUCCAAGUGCUUGUCUGUUUACAGUAGUUAUUGACGGCAUCCUGCGGGUUUUGUCAUAUAGCUAUUUUGGCGCAACCUUUGCUUCAAACUGCACACUCAGGUAGUAUUUAGCCUGGCCUGUGGAAUUUUUUUUUUUUUUUUAAUAAAGAUUACAAUCAUGUACAGUGUGCAAAGAAUACCAAGUGUGAAUGUCUGCAAAGUGGGUGCCAUCGCUGUUUCAUUUUGCACAGAAAUGCACUGUUCCCGGGUUUUUUUUUUUUUUUUUUUUUUUUUUGUGAUUUGUGGCUGUGUGCCACUUCGUAAACUGCAAAGCUCACCUUUUCCUGUUAAAAGGACUUUUUUUUUCUCUCUCUUUUUUUUAAAAGUAGUCAUGAAUUUAGACAAUAAAGUGAGAAUCUGGUGCAAA